UUGCUUGAUUCAAGAUGGUUGUUGAGGGUGAUGCAAAUGCAAAUGCAUCCAGGCUGAGCAUGAUGAUGAUGAUAUGCCCGGAGAAGUGGUGACGCUGACGAUGAAAUGGUGGGGGAGAGGGGGGUGAGUGUGCGAAGCAUUGGUGGAGGAUGUUCCGUGAUGAUGAUAACAGCUGCCCUUUGAAUUGCAGACUGGAUGCAGUCCAUCCGGUCGAGAGACGAGAGAGAUUGGCGACGGCUGGAUAGGGCAGGGCCAUGGAGAUGCCGGAGAUGCACGCGCAAAACACCAGAGAAAAAUUGCUGGCGCGGGCGGGAACUAUACCAGCCCAGGCAAGGCGAUCCUCGACCCCGGCCAGCCGUGGGAGCUGCCAUUCGAUGCGCUCGCUGCACUGUUCGCCAGCUCGCCUGGACGCUCCGCAUUGGGCCCCAAGUCUGCCUGCCUGCGUCGCGGCUGACCUGACCCCGUCUGCAUGCACAACACAACAAUCCCUCAUCGACUCUCCCAGCGGCCCUUUUUCAUUCGCCUCCCUCCCCUCGCCCGUGUGGCUUCUUUUUCGAGUCUUGAACCUUGGGAGCCUAGUAAACAGUUAGACCACACACACCGGCCCUCCACUACAGGCCAUCCGCCCAUCCAUACCCCUACCUGCCCGCAGCCACCCAAGUCCCUGAGCACCUAGCCAGCCCAGUCCCUAGCCAGCCAGCCAGGCGGUUGCAAAGGAAAAGGGAACCAGCAGGAAAAAAAAAGGAAAAACGAAAAAAACAUCGGCUCUCUCGUGACGCAGCCGGGCCUUUGAAAGCUCCGCGCCCUGCCAGAAUCAAUCGCCCAUUUCCAUUACGUAUCUCGCCCUCCAGUCUACCUCUCCACGCAACCACACACAGGACCCGCCGUGUGCUCGUUAUCAGACAUUAUCAAAAUCCCCUACACACAGCUUCAAUCGACAACCCUCCCGGCCCCGCGCCUACUCGCGCCUAACCCGUCAGAGCCUCUCCUCCUCUCCGCCAUCCUGUGCCCCUCUAUCAGCGUGGAGGGGCACCUUGCCCGCCCAUGGGAGAUAACAGCAUGACGGCCGCCGUGGGCAAGACGGAAGAUCCACGCGACAGCGACUCCUGCUCCGAGCCUGAGAACUAUCCCCACGAAGAUGAGCAGACCUACACCCAGGACAACCCCCCGCCCCAGAAGCGCAAGGGCGGUCGCAAACCAAUCUAUGCCACCUCCGAAGAGCGCAAGCAGCGCAAUCGCCAGGCCCAGGCUGCUUUCCGCGAGCGCCGUACCGAGUACAUCAAGCAGCUUGAGAGCACCAUCAAGCACCACGAGGAUACCCUCCAGAACCUGCAAAACAGCCACCGCAAUGCUGCCGACGAGUGUCUCAUGUUGCGCUAUAAGAAUUCGUUGCUGGAGAGAAUACUCUUGGAGAAGGGCAUCGACGUCCAGGCCGAACUGCGCGCAAAGACAGGCAGUCCGAAUCUUGGGCCUACGCGCGCUGCCGCCUCGACCGCCGCCUCCCCGAACCAAGCUCCUCUUCAGCAACGAGCCAUCUUAAACAGACAGCAGCAGCGGAGGUCCUUAGGAGGUCCGCCCAAAGCUGAAGGUCCUACGCCUGUGUCCCACCUCUCCUCCCCAUCCACCACAGCAACUCGCUCCCCCAAUUUUGUACCCCAGGGUACUUCGGUUUCACCCAACUUUGGGCCGCUCCCGCCACAGCAGCAGCAGCAACCGCCGCCACAACAGCAACAAUUGCGGCCGCAGCCGCCUAGGUCGAAUUAUACCCCCAUGAUGGGGCCGCAACGGCCAUCAUUAGUGACGAAUCAAUCCCCCUCGAAUGGCAUGUCCAGCGCUUCCACGGUCGGUAGUGGAGCCAGUGUGAUGACUCAAAGCAGCACUAGCGGCGGUCCUUCAACUUACUUCAACACUCCUUUCACGGACCACAUGUCCCAGCUCGAGCAGGAGUAUGAUGAGCAAGCCGAUAUGCUCGACCAAGAGGAACCUAGCGAUCACUCGGCUGGGCCCGGUCCUUAUCCGCAGAACUUUCCUCCAAAUCCGAUGAACUCGCAAAGCAUGCAACCACCGAUGCCUCCUGCAAACAAUCAGCCCUUCCCCAGCCCUGCCUCAGCGACGCCGAAUGACGGCACAAACGUUUUCAAUGGCAUGAACCACUUGUUCGACCCUUAUGAUCCAAUGCUUGAUGCAGAUCCAUUUGGCCUAUCUGCCAGCAUGCACUUUCCGACCAUGUACGAAUCAAGAUGA